AUGGGAAGUGUACCACCAGAACAACCGCAGACUUUAUCGCUAAAAAUCACGCUGAGGGAUUCUGACUUGUAUCUGCUAGAAAAUCCCAGUAUGCCAAAUAGCUGCGCUAUAGUCGCUACCACCAAUGCUGUGCUGAAUCUGAACGAUGCUGAUGGGGUGAUCUCGGCUAAUUUGGAAAUACAGAAUAUGUCCAUCGCUUGGUGCUGUAUGCAAGACGAGAAGCGCACACUGAAUCAGUGUUCCAAUGAGUUCAGCAUUGGUGUUGGCAUGUCCAUGAAUCAGGUGAUCACACCGAUCUCAGAAGCUCCGCGUGGGUUGCCGUCGCUGGCUGUGAAAAGGCAUUCUGUAGAGGUUGACUUAAAUGGAGUAAUUGGCAGACUCUCUUAUAAAGAUAUGCAAGUGCUACGAACAACGAUUGAGGGAUACAUGAAGAAUUUUUACGAAAAUAACACAAAGACGAUGAUUCCAAUUAUUGGGAAACCACCACCUCCUAAGAGUAGGUUGUCCAGCCAUUCCACGUAUGGCUGCGGCCACCUGUGUUCCAAGGGCCGGGCAUACAUCACGCAAUUUCAUCGCCUCGCGAUCCAUUAGAC